AUGAACCUGAGAAGCUUAACACCAUUAUACAAUGAUAGAUACAAUUCUAAUAAAGCAAGCACUUCUUCAAAUAACAACCAUAUACAUUAUAAACAUAAAAAUAGAAUGAACUUCUCACUUCAAUAA